AUGCUCGCGCGCAUCGCGCAUCGCGUCCGCGCCGCGGCCGCCGCCGCGCGCGCCGUCCGCGGCGCCGCGGGAGGUGGUCGUCCGUCGUUAGGGCAACCGGAAGAAUCGUCCGUCGUCGUCCGCCGACGUCGCGGGGGAAUCGCGUCGUGGGCGCGAGGGUGGGUCGCCGCCCACCCCGCCGCGGACCGCCGCGACCCCCCGACGACGCGCGGACUCGCGUCCAAGGCGGGGAAGUCCAAGGGCAAGAAGAAGCGGGGACGGAACGCGAACGCGCCGCCGCUCAAAGAGGCGAUGCGCGCGCUCCUGAAAAAGGUCCAUCCCGAUCUCUUCCGCGACAAGCCCGAGCUCGCGGGCGCGGCGGAGACGAACGACGAGUCCCUGAAAGUGAUCCAGGGCAUCCUCGACGCGGUCACGAAGAGCAAGUCCACGCCGGAGAGGGGCAACAAGCGGCUGAAGUUUUACGUCCGCGACGAGUCGGUGCCCGGCGGCGUGCGGCUGGUGCCGUUCGCGCUGAAGACGACGGGAGGGGACUGCCGGAACCUCGUCGCGAGGCAGCUCGAGACGCUGUUCGAGGACGUGGGCGUGCCGUCGGAGUUCAGGUGGGAGGCGGGGGACUGGGAGAACUUCCCGGAGUCGGUCGCGAACGCGCGGGACUGGAGCCCGCCGCGGGACUGGACGCCGCCGCCGACCGCGCCCGCGCCGUCGCCGUCGACGUCGAGCGCGGACGCGAAAGUCUAUUCCGCCGCCGCCGCCGCCGCGGACGCGGAGGAGCGCGAGCACGCGGCGAAGGUCAAGGCGGCGUUGAAGAUGAACGAGGUCCUGUUCGAGACCCUCGCCGCGGUGCCGUGGAUCCCGGAGAACGCGGAGGGGAACGAACGGUUGGGAGCCAUCGUCCACGCGGUCAUCCCGCGUUUAGAAAAAGGCGGCUGGCGGCUGCCGAGGGCGUCGCUCGAGGCGAUCUGGCGCGGGGAGAGGGACGAGGAUAAGGUGAUCGACGGCGGCGACGCCGCGAGCGCGCUCGCGCUGGCCGCGAUCUUACGGCUCUCGCGGAACUUCGAGAGAGCGCUCGGCGCGCCGGAGACGCCGCGAGCGGAGUUCUGGCCGCCGGCGCCGAAGGACUUUCCGCCGGAGGAGAGCGGCGGCGCGAGUUGA